AUGGCUUGGCUUCCUCAAGAGGAUCGCGAGUUCCUCAAGGCAUCUGCCGGUUUAGGGAACUUCCAAAAGGCGGAGGUAGCCUGGCUCGACAGGAAAAGAUACAAGUACACGGAUGUGGACGUGUCAACGUGGCUUUUUGACAGAGGCAGCGCCAAGCAGAUAGCUUUCGAAGGCGCAGUCGUCGAUGAACGAGGAAAGCCAUGCAUUUGUUCAUGGCCUGGAAAGUACGGAUCUGCCUGGGAUUGCAUGGUUCAAGCAGCAGAAGGUGGCAAGAUAAGUGCCGCAGUGGUGUUCUUGCCGAAGGGUACCACGGAGUUCGGCAAGCACGCUGAGAUACCUCCGCAGGAGAAAUUGGAAGGCGACUGCUGGUGCAUCCCCUUGUACGGCGAGCAGAAACCAUGGGGAUGCAGGUGGUGGAGCCGCUGGAUUGCUAACAUCGAGGAGGCGCAUCGGUUUGGUGCUGAAUUCCAGGUCUACUUCUUUGAGAACAUGAAGGGCAAAGGCAAAGUCAGGAGCUUUGAGACAGCAGGUAAAGAACAUCUGCGGCGCGAGGAGAUAUGCAAUCGAAUGGAAAAAUUCAGGGAGACAGAUGUUUACAAGAACGUCGCGGCAAGUCUGAGCAAUCUUUCCAGAGACCCUUGCGCAGAUGGAUCCUCACCAUAUAGCCGCAGGGUUGACCAGGAAUUCAUGUCAUGGCUUCCUCCAGAAGAUCGCGAGUUCCUGGAAGCUUCUGAAGGUUUGGGCAACUCGCAAAAGGCCGAGGUGGCCUGGCUGGACCGAAAGGGAUACAAGUUCACACCAAAGGAUGUCUCUGAAUGGCUUGGCGUGAAGGCACUGUAG